AUGACAAGGAAAUUCUUAUUUUGUUUUCCUCUCAGGUUGGGUAACCUUGUGUUCGGCUACAUAGUAAUAAUUAUCAGCUUGAUUGUAGCCGGCUUAAGCCUACAACAAUUAGUGCUUUCAAUAUUCGAAAGAAUGAUCGAACGUGAUGAAGAAAGAUUCGGCAAUUUUCAAAAACUAGAAACUAUAUUCGGCGAACAGAAGAAAGAAUUAGUGAAAACUAUAAUACUUAUAUAUUAUUUGUGUUAUGUUAUCAUUGGACUAUUGUUGUUUAUUUUUGGUGUCGUAUUUACAAGUGGUGUCCAUAAGGUUAGUUACCGUGCUAUUUCGACAUUCUUUUGCUAUAGUUUCGUCCACAUAUUCCUAACUAUCGCUUUAAUAGUUUGGGAAGGCCUCACCGCUGGCUGGAUACAACUUGGUCUCAUUGUGUUGUCAGAUGUGCUCCUGAUAGUUUGCUUGUUCAGUGUCAAAUAUCUAAUGGAAGCUAUUCGGACUGGAAACAUUUAUUGUAUGCCCGGAGAGGUGCUUUAUCAAUAUUGA